AUGAAAUUUUCUCGUCGACGGUGGGGAUGCGCCGAUGACCAGGACGGUGUGUUGUUGCCGGGUGUGGCUCCCGCCCGGUCUGCGAUGAAUUCGGAAAAAAGGCCUCGAUAUGGAGGAGAAACCGAAGAGCGACAGAGGGUGACAAAAAAAAAAAAAAAGAAAAAGGAAAAAGAAAAAGGAGUCGUUGUAGUCGUCGUCGGUGGUGGUGGGAGAGUUGGCGACGAUGAGUUGAUGACAACGGACAACGGGGACGCGAUGGCGGUGGACGAGAAUCGGGAGAGCAGUGAUAGCAGUACUGGUGGUGAUGUUGGUUAUGGUUGUUGUGAUGAUGGAGAUAGAGGAGGAGGUGGUGGUGGUGGUGGAAGGGAGAAGGAAAAUAAACUCAGGCAGACGACAAGAAAUCAGGCUCGAUCGAGGAAUCCGAAGAGAAAAAAGCAAGAAAAGAAAAAGGGAGAAAAAAGCGAGAAGAACGAAGAGGGAAAAGUGAAGUUGGGGCGGCGCUGGAUUGGGCGGGCGGUGGAGAGUAAUCCACCACCAGGCUCAACAGUAGUGAAGAAAUAUCUGCAGUAUUUACUAAAGAAGAAGCAGAAAGCAGAUAAAAAGAAGAGUAAUUUAAGAUAUCUGACGGGAAAAGUUCAAUAUAUCUGCAGACUUACAGCAGGAGCACGUCGGGCACUCGAUGACAGAACGCGCAAUCCGCCUACAUCCCAACGGUUCUGCUGA